GCCAAAGUCCUCGCACUCUUCACACCGGUGGCUCACCCACUGACCGACUGAUGAUCUGGAAGGCUCUGGAUGUUUUUGUCAAGAUCCAUCCCGGCUAUAAAGGCUGAGGUGUGUGGAUUUUUGUUCAUGAUCAGUUGGAACGGUUAACCAAGGAGUUUUUAAAGAUUUGAGUCAGAACUGCAGUUUGGGUUCAGCUCUCUCUUCACCUUUCUUAUCAUUUCUUAACUCGAAUUUUUGCCAGAACAUAACCAGAACUGUUUUUUUUUUGGCAGAUUCAAAGAACUUUAAAGACUUUGAUACCAUUCAGUGUCUUUUGCAUUGAGCCGAUUUCUCAGUUUGACUUCAUCAGAUUCACAGACGCAAGACGACUCUAGGAGAAGCGACAACACACUCCUUGUUAGAAGGCCUUGUUAGAAUUUAUUUCUAAAAUACUGGAAAAAAUUAAAGACAAGCAAAAUACCAAUUUCUGGAAAACUAUCCCAUCUAGAAACUUGUCACAAUGAGUAGCGGUGGGACCACAACAGUUUCACCACAGGAGCCUCAGGCUUUCAAACGGGCAGUGCGGAAGAUAAAAUGUGCCGCUAUGGUGGCCAACUUGGCCAAGAGCUGGCAGGGCUGGGCCAAUGAACACUCUGACAAGCAGGAUGCUAUCCCGAGUGGCUGGAUGCCCUCAUCUGUUGAGGAGGAAGACAAAAAAGAGCGCAACCACAUGGUCAAACUUACUGUCACUCCACGUGUAAUUGCAUCGGAUGCCUCCGAUACCAGUGGGAGUAAGAUCAGGACCUGUUCUGUCACCAAGACGGUCCAGCCGAAACGCAGCGAGUGCAGCAGCAGUGAUUUGGUCAAUGCCAUCCGAGGCAAGAUGGAGUCGGGUCCCGAGGAGAGCAAGCCGUUCUUGGGCAACGAGUCACCAACACGACGGCGCCAGAUGAGGGCUCUUCAGAGUGCAGGAGGAGGAGGGGUCAUCCAAGACAGGAAGUUGAUGCUCCAAGAGAAGAAGCAGGGGUCGAGGAGUAGCAGUGUGGACACAGAGGACAGCGGGAUCGGAGAGGAGGCAGUGCUCAGUGACAACAGUGAAUCCAAAACUGAACACGGUGACAUCCAGUCCAAGAAACAAACCGAGAGGCCCAAGAUUAAGAUUGCCACAAUGGGCGACAUCAAAAGCCGUUGGCAGCAGUGGUCCGAGCAGCACAUGGAGGGCCAGAAGCUCAACCCCUUCAGUGAAGAGUUUGACUUUGAGUACGCCAUGGCUCAGCGCCUCCGCAAGGGGGACUCCGGUUAUGGUCGACCCAAAGACGGCUCCAAGACAGCCGAGAGAGGCGACCGGGCACAGAAACACAUCCACAGGGAGAUGGAGGAGAUGGUGUGGAUUAUCAAAGACAUGGGCUUCAAAGAUAAAGAGGGCAGGACGAUCAUCACCUUCGGCCGCCUCUUUGACCGCUACGUGAAGAUCUCGGAUAAGGUGGUGGGCAUCCUUCUGCGUUGUCGCAAACACAAGAUGCUGGACUUUGAGGGUGAGAUGCUGUGGAAAGGACAGGAUGAUGAUGUUAUUAUUACCCUGAGGGACUGAGGACAGGUGUGAUGUCCUGCAAACAUUCACAUGCAUGCAAACGCACCAAGAAAUCUCACGAGAAACGAUGCCAGCCAUACCAACCGCGUCGCUACAUCCUGUAUGCAAGAAAAAUGGAGGAAUAUUCUUAAGAGACAGAAAAAUAAUAUCCUACAGUAUGAUUAUAAUGUGGUAAUCCACACAUGACACACAGCUUUCAGGACAAAAACUCUGAAAGGAAAUGUAGUAUCUCAAAGACUCUAUUCAAAAUAGGUAUGUGAGUACACACGUGUAAGCUAGACACACACACACACACCAGACUCAUUAGUUCUUCUCAUAUACCUGACAGGUCAUCCGGUGAAGGAAAGCUAUCUUUAGCAUGCUAACCAUUCUCGCCUUGCUAACUAUGCUACAUGCUAGAAGCCUUGAGAAUCUUCCACAAUGUCAGUCAUACUAGAAGGCUUAACUUGACUGCAGCUGAAGAAACUUGCAGCUAAUUUCACCUCAUAAUUCACUGACAGACUUAAAAAAAAUCUCUGCUUUGUCCUCUUAAGAUAACUUUGUUGAAAACAAGCUAGCGUGAAAUUAGCCUUGCCACAAAAUAUUAUGACUUUUGGGUGUUUUAGAUAUACUUAAUGACAACAGGACAAAAACAGAACAAACAAUCAAAACAAGAAUUACACAUCAAUGUGACCAAAGUUUUUUUUCUUUUGUUCUAUUUGGACCGACUUUAGUGUCUGUUGCUAGCAGAGCUUAAAAUACAUGACUGAAUAAAACCUAGCAGCAGUUUGAGCUAUUACAUUAAGGCAGGAACACCAGAGGAAAAAUAAAUUGUUAUACUAAAUGAUCGGUCAGUUACCAUUGGAUUUUUUUUUUUACAUUUUUGUUAUUGUAUGUGUGGUUCGUGUGGGAUUUGAAUUUAAAAUGCUUAACAAAUAAAUUCUUGCUCAAUACUUAUAUAGAGACAAGUGGAUGUACAGUAUAUGGAUGCUGUUGUUUCAUUUAAAAGCAGACUGAGCCAGGUGAAGCUGCUCUUUACAGACUGAUCGGUCAGAAGUAAGAACUAUUAACAUUUUCUGGACCACAAUAAUUAUCUGUGAACUGUUCCCUAGCCAGCUGACUGGUUUAUUUGCCUUUUUGUCCUUGUUUUUCAAAGCAAGAAAGCUUCUUAGCUUUAUGAGAUAAGAACAUUUAGCAUUUUAUCUGUAAAAGAAACCAUUAAUAGGAAGAAGCAUGAGCACAGUAAUAGCAAUCUUAUCUGUUAAUUUAUGUAUGAAAACCACUUGUCCACAGAGUGCAUGUGUAAUGUGUAAUAGUUUUCAAGUAAAUAAUUGUAUUGUGAAAUGUAAUUUACCUCAUUUUAACGUUAAGGAGAGACUUGAGUGAUGUGAAUGAAACUUAGAGGUGCUUCAUCAAUUUUUUUUCUUUCAGAAUGACAAAACAUGUUAUAAGAAUUGUACAGGGUGGUGUAUCAUGCACAGAUUAAGAUUACUGUAAGGGUUUUGUCUAUGGAAAAUCUAUUUAGCACUGAAACUGUGAAAUUAUAGUUGUGCGUUAUUUGCUGUGCUCAGUGUCAACUAGAGAUGGGACUUUUGACACUGAGGCUCCAAAGCCCAUUUCUUUCUUUUGAAAGAACUGGUUCGAAACACAGUUGAGGCUUGUAUCAAAGCUCCGUGAUCACAUGACCGAUGACGUUUGAGGCUUCAUACGCCACAAUGAAACACAGAACGUGAGGUGGCUGAUUCAAAUCUUUGGCGACACAUUUAAACGUUUUACUAGUAAAUUUCAAAAUGUUGUAACACUUUCAAGUGUGGACAGUGAUUCUCAGAAUGAAGACACAGCUGCUUAAAACUGACUUCAUUGUUUUUUUGUUGUUUGACAACAAUAUGCAGCCUAGUUUAUUUGUUCCAAAACAGUUGAUGGUAAAGCACCUAAUUCAUAUUUUCUUUUCAAUAUACUCACACAUGCUGUAUAUAAGAUGCUUUUCAAUCUUCAUUGACCGAGGUUUGAAUGAAAUUAGAAAUGCUUUAUGAAGUCAAAAGUAAUGCUGGAUGCAGCAACACCGUUUGCUGCCAAAAGUCCAGAUAUAUACAACCAUCUAUUCUUACAUAAGAACAGAAACAUUUGUCUGAAACAAUUAAAGAUGUAAAAAAAGGUUAUUUAUAGUCAUAGGUUUAACUUUAUAUUCCACCUGGUGGGCUUAAUGCUUUAGUUUCUUGGAUGCCUCCCCAGUGUCAUCAUUCACUGCUACAGUGAAUUAUGGCCUAUUCACUCCGAAAAGUCUACAGGCUUGCACACUUGCUAAAAAUCCUUGGGGAAGUUUCCAGAAGUUCACGCCAGAGCCCUUAAGCGCUUGCUGAUGCUGCAGUGAGACAGUCUUAAGCCCUUGUGGACUCUGUGGCUGUCAGUCCAGACACUGUUGGCAGAUCGCUGAGCUUUUUCACUUUUCUUCCUCACUACACCCCCCUUUGCUACUAGGUUGUCCUCUGGAGGGGAUAAGGGAAGGAAAGGAGUGGAGCAGAGGAUUGGUGAGGGGAAGUAGAGGCCGCCUGGGAGAGUUGAGACAACCUAGACGUCUGUUAAUGAUUGAAGUGGCUCAAUCACAACUGCAAUACAGAGGCGUUUUAUAUUUCACAUUUAUUGACAAACUGCAUUGUGUGUAUUAAUUUCUUCUUUUAUGUGAAACUAACUAUGACAUGUCCACAUUGGACUGCUGAUGUUUUUUUUUUAAACAAGCAAACUUGAAGGUGGGGUGAAAACACCAGGGUGAAACCCUGAAGUAGCCCGAGCAGGGUUAACAGCGCACACUCUUUGUAUGCAACACUAGCAAGACAAAGAAGUCCAGGAAGCGAGCUUGUGACCUGGAGGUCGUCGGUUCAAUCCAGGCCAGCGGGAUAAAUCUGGGUAGGGAAAGUGAAAAAGCAGC